UAAUAUCAUGGAAAUAUUCGGGUCCGUAAAGCAAAUUUUAGAAACAGAAAAUAUCAAAAUCCACAUUUGGGUAAUCAUCGUACACUCCAAAAAGGUUGAAGGUAGCCUAGUACUGAAGCGCAAUCUCAGAUGGCAGCAGUGGCACUGAACGGAGUGAAACUCGGAACGACGUCGCAGGCUUACUUGGAAAGCCAACCAGUCAACGACACCAAGGUUCUGAUAUCCGACCUGUGCCGCCAGUUCUACAACCUGGGAUGGGUGUCGGGGACCGGUGGAAGCAUCACAAUCAAAGUCCACGAUGAGUCUGUUCCUAAGCCUCAGCAACUCGUCAUCAUGUCUCCCUCUGGCGUUCAGAAGGAGAGAAUGUUACCAGAGGACAUGUAUGUGUUAUCUCCCACUGGGUCUGUCUUGAGUUCUCCGUCUCCGAAGCCCUAUCCGAACAAGCCUCCCAAGUGUUCCGACUGUGGUCCACUCUUUAUGAAGAAUGUAGGCAAGAGGCGAUUGAUUUCGCGGCGAAAAAGGUCAUGGAAUCUCAAUUGCAAGGCAUAUGAGAUGUGCAAUGCGGGAGCUGUUAUUCAUAGUCAUGGCAUAGAAUCUUGUCUUGUAACCAUGAUCAACCCAUUAUCCAAAGAAUUUCGAAUUACUCAUAUGGAGAUGAUAAAAGGAAUCAAAGGGCAUGGUUAUUAUGAUGAACUUGUGGUCCCGAUAAUAGAGAAUACCGCCUAUGAGUAUGAGCUCACCGAGUCCCUUGCCAAAGCUAUUGAAGCAUACCCCAAAGCAACAGCUGUGCUUGUUCGUAACCAUGGCAUCUAUGUAUGGGGAGACUCUUGGAUCAGUGCUAAGACUCAGGCCGAAUGUUAUCACUAUCUCUUUGAUGCUGCUAUCAAACUGAACCAGUUGGGUUUGGAUUGGUCUACUCCACUCCAUGGUCCUAUACAUUUAGGAAGUCGUAAGCACAGAGAUAUAUCUACGAAGGCAGGGACUGUGGAUUCAGAUAACAAAUAUGAGCCAGCAAGGCGAUGCAUUGUUCUUGACAUUGAGGGAACUACUACUCCCAUAUCAUUUGUGACUGAUGUUCUCUUUCCAUAUGCUCGCGAUAAUGUGGGGAGGCAUUUGUCUGCAACAUACGACGAUGCAGAAACAAAGGAUGACAUAAAAUUGUUGCGGUCCCAGGUUCAAGAUGACCUGGAAAAAGGCGUUGUUGGUGCUGUUCCCAUCCCCUCUGACGAAGCUGGGAAAGAGGAGGUUGUUGGAGCUUUGGUUGCUAAUGUUGAAUCAAUGAUAAAGGCUGAUCGAAAGAUCACUGCAUUGAAACAAUUGCAAGGUCAUAUAUGGCGAACUGGAUUUGAAAAGAACGAAUUAAAGGGUGUAGUGUUUGAGGAUGUACCAGAAGCUCUGAUGAAAUGGCAUGAUCAGGGCAUAAAGGUGUACAUAUACUCCAGCGGUAGCAGGUUGGCUCAAAGGCUUUUAUUUGGCUACUCAAACUAUGGGGACCUGAGAAAAUAUUUGUCUGGAUUUUUUGACACCACAGUGGGGAACAAAAAAGAAACCAGAAGUUAUGCUGAAAUCGCAGAAUCUGUUGGAGUUGAUAGGCCAUCAGAGGUUUUGUUUGUGACGGACGUUUUUCAAGAAGCUGUAGCUGCAAAAGCGGCAGGAUUGGAAGUGAUUGUUUCUAUCAGACCAGGAAAUGGGGCUCUUCCAGACUCUCAUGGAUUUAAGACAAUCAAUUCUUUCUCAGAGAUCUGAAUGUGCUUAUGCUUAUGUAACCAUGUGAAACUUCCAUAUAUACCCCGAAUAAGUACUUGAAUAAGAUAUACAGCUUUUCCGGUUUUGGAGCA